GCUGCAUGCAUGCUUCUGAUUAAUCAUCAGAUUAACAACUCUUGUUAUCUCCCUCCCCUCUCUCUCUUUCUUUAUUUCUGAAAAAGAAAUGAUUAUUGAACAUUUAAGGAAGAAACAUAUGAUGUGUUAUCAACUGGAUUAUUGAUCAGAGGAAGUAAUAUCGCAUUUAAAGUCACAAAAAAAAAAAAAAAGAUGAGGAGCGUAGUGCUUGUUGCUUUGGCUGCUGCUAUUGGGAACAUGUUGCAGGGCUGGGACAAUGCCACCAUUGCAGGAGCUGUAAUUUACAUAAAGAAAGAGUUUCAUUUGGAGAAAGAACCAAAGAUUGAGGGACUCAUCGUAGCCAUGUCUCUCAUCGGAGCCACUAUGAUCACAACUUUCUCUGGUCCUGUCUCCGACCGAGUAGGACGCCGUUCCAUGCUUAUACUCUCCUCUCUUCUCUAUUUCCUAAGCAGCAUCGUCAUGUUUUGGUCUCCAAAUGUAUACGUUCUCCUUUUCGCAAGGCUUCUUGAUGGUUUUGGUAUCGGUCUUGCCGUCACUCUCGUCCCCAUUUACAUCUCUGAGACGGCACCUUCUGAGAUCAGAGGUCUGCUCAACACUUUCCCUCAGUUCUGUGGAUCUGGUGGCAUGUUUCUGUCCUAUUGCCUUGUUUUUGGAAUGUCCCUUCAAGAAUCUCCGAGCUGGAGGCUCAUGCUCGGUGUUCUGUCUAUUCCGUCGAUUCUCUACUUUGUACUUGCGGCUUUCUUCUUGCCUGAAUCUCCAAGGUGGCUUGUCAGCAAAGGCCGCAUGGAAGAAGCUAGACAGGUUCUUCAGAGACUUCGUGACAGAGAAGAUGUUUCAGGUGAGCUUGCUCUGCUGGUUGAAGGGCUUGGGGUAGGAAAAGACACGUUGAUAGAAGAAUAUGUGAUUGGUCCGGACGACGACGAGGAAACCGAGACAGGACAAGAACUGCCGAGGAAAGAUCAGAUAAAGCUAUACGGUCCAGAGGAUGGACAGUCAUGGAUGGCUAAGCCAGUGAAAGGACAGAGCUCUCUAGCAUUAGCGUCCCGGCAUGGAAGCAUGUUAACGCGCGGAGGAUCCAUGAUGGACCCAGUUGUCACUCUCUUUGGUAGCAUUCAUGAGAAACUUCCUUCUGAGAACAUGAACGCAUCGUCAUCUCGCAGCAUGGUCUUUCCUAACAUGGGAAGUAUACUGGGACUGAUGGGAAGGCAGGAGUCUCAGUGGGAUCCAGAGAGGAACAAUGAUGACAGCUCUGAUCAAGAUGAAAGCCUAAACAGUCCUUUGCUUUCUCCGCAAGCCACUGAGACGGAUGAGUUUAACCAGCUUCCGGCUGGGACCAUGCACAGGCGACAGAGCAGCCUGUUUAUGGCUAACAUGGGUGAGAAGGCAACAGCUACAAGCAUAGGCGGUGGAUGGCAGUUGGCAUGGAAGUACAAUGAAAAGGUUGGUGCAGAUGGUAAGAGAGUCAAUGGAGGGUUGCAAAGAAUGUACAUUCACGAGGAGACUUCCAACAACAACAACGCUAACAACAUGGGGUUUUCGAGACGUGGAUCGCUUCUCUCCUUCCAGACAGAAGCUGAUGUUCCUGCUCAGCAGAAUGGAUAUGUUCAGGCUUCUGCACUUGUAAGCCAAGCUUCAAUGAUACCUGGAAUUAAAGGAGAGACUGCAAUGUUGCCACAAGAGAUUAAGGCUGGUCCUGACUGGAGGGAGCUGAAGGAACCUGGUGUGAAGAGGGCUUUGAUAGUUGGAGUUGGGCUUCAGAUACUACAACAGUUUGCAGGAAUAAAUGGAGUAAUGUAUUAUACACCACAAAUACUAGAAGAGACAGGUGUGUCAAGUCUUUUGACAAACCUUGGAAUAAGUGCAGAGUCUGCAUCUCUCCUCAUAAGCUCCUUAACUACACUCUUCAUGCUUCCUUGCAUUCUUGUUUCCAUGAGGUUAAUGGAUGUAUCUGGAAGAAGGUCUCUGAUGCUUUCAACAAUACCCAUUCUAAUACUCUCGCUGAUAACCCUGGUGAUAGGAAGCUUGGUGAAGCUUGAAGGCACAGCAAACGCAUUGAUAUCGACUGCUAGCGUUAUGGUUUACUUAAGCUGUUUCGUGAUGGGUUUUGGAGCCAUACCAAACAUCCUAUGUUCAGAGAUCUUCCCUACCUCUGUGCGUGGCCUUUGCAUCACCAUCUGUGCACUCACUUUCUGGAUAUGUGACAUCAUUGUCACUUACACUCUUCCUGUCAUGCUCAAAUCUCUAGGCCUUGCGGGUGUUUUUGGGAUCUAUGCAUUUGUUUGUGCAGUAGCGUGGGUUUUCGUGUACCUCAAGGUACCGGAGACAAAGGGAAUGCCACUUGAAGUUAUCUCUGAGUUCUUCUCUGUUGGUGCAAAACAUCAAGACGCUUCAGCUUCGUUUCUCUCUGAUGAUGACUGACUUCUCUUUUCUUUGUUGCCUUUCUCAAGUUUUCUUGCUGUAUUUUGAACAAGUUAAUUAAUAACAAACAAUACCGUAGAGGCUUUCUUGGA